AAGACCAAACGAUCUCAAACUUCGCAUUGUAUUAUUCUCUUACCAUUGGUUGAUGCAACAUUGAAUUAGGACCUCUCACAUAAAUUUCUAAAUCACUAGCUUUAAAACUCCCACAAUUCAUCAACCUCAACACUACUACAUUCUCGUUCUUGUCUCAAACAUAAUUUUUUUACUGCAUGCUGCACAUAUUUUGAUUGUCUCUCUAGUUAUACCUAUAUCAAUAUUUAUAUAUUGCAUAUAUACAACAUAUUUGUUAGUUUUUGAGAAUCCUUAGCACAAUGGGUAGAAUGUUAAUGAACUAUUUGGCUAUGAAAACGGACCCCGUUGUAGCUAGUUUAAUUGAUUCAGAUUUGAAUGAGCUUAAGUUUGCAGCUAAGAAGCUCUUCAAUGAUGCAGCUAUGUUGGGAGGCAAAGGUGUUGGCAUGUCUCUCCUUAGAUGGAUCGCUUCCUUUGCUGCCAUUUAUUUACUGAUAUUGGAUCGCACAAAUUGGAGAACUAAUAUGCUGACUUCAUUACUAGUGCCUUACAUUUUCUUCAGCUUUCCAGAGUCCUUGUAUAAUUUUUUCAGAGGAGGAGUUGGAAAAUGGUUUGCUUUCGUUGCAGUCGUGUUGAGGCUUUUCUUCAAUAAACAUUUUCCCGAUUGGUUGGAGUUGCCAGGAUCAAUAGUCCUUCUUUUGACAGUAACCCCUGAUUUGUUUGCUAUAAAGUUUAGGAACAAUUGGAUUGGAGUAGCAAUUGAUCUUUUCAUUGGUUGUUACCUGCUACAAGAACAUAUUAGAGCUACUGGUGGAUUCAGAAAUUCUUUCACACAAAGACAUGGAAUAUCUAACACACUUGGCAUCAUCUUUCUCAUAGUCUAUCCUAUUUGGGCAAUGGUUAUCCGAUGAUUAUAAAAACGUUGUACCAUAAUAGUAUAAUACUAACGGCGAAUAAGGGGUUUUUUUUUGGGGGGAGAAAUAAAUUUUAUGGAAAGUGGAGUCAGAAUGCAACUGAACUUCACUGUUUUUGUAGACAUUAUG